AUGCAACCAGAUCCACAAAACACCGAUGUCGUCGCCAACAUAAACUACUUCCCUGCCACCGGCAUCCCCAUCCCCAAAUCAGAAUGGAAAGUCAAAUACCUCGACGACAAAGAUGAAUACACUCGCCCCAUGCUCAUCCGCGACGUACGAAAAGCGGAUAAGACAUUCGACCUAGACGCCAACGGCUUCACAUUCGUCACACUGCCUCAGAAGCAAAGAGUCGACCGGCACAGCAGCGAAGAAGAUGUAAAACGAGAAUACUACCCCGAGUUGGAAGAAGUGGUUAAGAACCUAACCGGUGCCACAACAGUCCACAUCUUCAACCACGUAAUCCGCGCACACACCUCCCCCUCCGCAAAGGGCAUCCAAGACGCCCUCGGCCGGUGGCAAGACAUCCCCUCCGGCCACCCCCACGUCGACUACGCGGGCUCCGCAUCCGCUCUCAGCGGUACACUGACUGAACUCUCACCCGCUGGCCGUGUGCGAUGCGAGCACGGUGCCGGAGAGUGA